AGUUCCCAUAGUUAUAAAUUCUUAUCCAGUCGUAGUAUUUGAUAUCUUUCUUUCUCUGGUUCCAAACUAAAAGCAAAAUCUCGAUUUCAUACCUAUAUUGUUUUUUUCAUAAAAAAAAAUACUUCAUAAUCAUCGUCUGAGUUGGUGUUGAAAUGGAUUACUCGUUUAAUAUCUUCAACAAAAAUUUCACCAGAAACGAAACUGAAAGUUCUCUUACUAAUGAUAAUUUAGCUUAUCUGCAAAAAGAUCAUAUUGAUUGUUUCAAUGAUAAUUUAGGUCAAUCUUCUGUGAAUUGUUGGUCUAAUACAUCGAUUAUGACAAGUAAUUCUGUUUCUAAUCCCCAAAGCCUGAUGUCGGUGAUGCCAAACCAAAAUUACAACCAUUUUGGUCGAAGUUUUGUCUGUACUCAAAAUCUCCCGACUUUUAACUCUCCCAUAGCAGAAAUACCACCAAGAUACCCAUUUAUAGAUAUCGAUCUCUCGGCUUCGACGAAAGGCAACUUUAACACAGGGGCUUGGGAUCAGAGUGAAGAUAUAAAUUUGAGAAAAUUAGUGGAGCUUUAUGGGACAAAAAACUGGAAAAAGAUCGCAAAUAUGCUUGGAACACGAAUAGGAAAACAAUGUAGAGAGAGGUGGCACAACCAUCUUCGUCAUGGCAUCAAGAAAAGUGCUUGGACUGAAGAAGAAGAUCGAAUAUUGGUUGAAGCCCACAAAGUUUUUGGCAACCAAUGGGCCAAGAUUGCCUUAAAACUCUGUGGAAGAACUGAAAAUGCUAUUAAGAAUCGCUGGAAUGGUACAAAACGUCGAAUGCACCAGAAGAGAAUGAAGCGAAGUGAUAAAAAUGCAAACCCACCCCAAAAUGUCAUCCUUGCAAGAUAUAUAAGACAUGUCACAAACAAGAAUGAAUCUCCUAACACCAAAGAAACAGAUUGCACCAAGGAUGAUAAGCAUGAAAAUGCUUUUGAUGGAGAGAUGGAUUUGAGUCUGGAUGUUACAACACAGACCACAGAACCAUUGGCUAGCAUGUCCACAACAUCAAGCUAUGUUCCCGAGCCAGCUACAACAUUUUCAUGGGAUGAUUACUUUACAUAUAUUUGUGAAUCUAUGGAUGACAUUCAUAUGCUCAUGCAAGGAUUGGACUAAUUAGCAAUGAAGAUAAUUUCUAUGUAUGAAGAUAAUUUCUAUUUUCAUAAUAUUUCUUGUACAAUCUAAAGUGAUAUCUUCUAUGUAUAUAUCGUCUCUUUUUCCA